AUGUUCUCAAAUCCUGUUUAUAAUCGCCCACCAAAAUUCAAUGAAAAUUUAUUAUCACAAAAUUUAUCCGGUCUUUCAUUAACUAGUGCUCCAACUCAACAACAACAACAACAACAACAACAAACAAAAACUAUUGAGUACGAAUCAUUUCAAUUUUCUCAACAACAACAAAUACCAGUUGAUAUCGGUAGUUAUGUUCCACCAUCACUCAAUGAUACAGAUACUGAUAUUUCAUAUGAUCGUGGAUCUACUUUGGUACGUCAAUAUAAUAAUUCAAUGAUUGAUGAUUAUUAUAAAAAAUUUCUUCGUCCAAUAACGGAUUAUAUUGCUAUACCAACGAAUGGUCAACCAACUUAUGUUUAUCAAAAUUUAGGUGGACCACCAAAUUCUGCUCCUGUAGGACUCAAUCAACAACCUUAUAUGGGUGUUGAAGUAGCGAAUGAUCAACAAGCAACAGUACUUAAUCCGAGUUCAGAUUUGACAGGAGAUCAAAGUGAAGAAAAAAAACAUAAGAAAAAAAAUAAAAAAAGAUCAUCAAAACAUCCUAUGGGCGACAACAAUAAAAAUAGUGAUAAUGAAGGAGCAAAUGAUGAAUCACACAGAGGAAUAAUCGAUUUUAAUGAUCAUCAAACACCUUCUGUUCUAAUGCCUAGUGGAAAUCAACAAAAACAAGUCGUUGGACCAGCUAUUCUGAAAAAAACAGGUGCUGUUGGUCCACAAGUACCAAUGAAAUUUCCAUCAAAUCCACUUGUCUAUUUUGAUAUUGAAAUUGAUAAUGAACUACGUGGUCGUCUUGUUAUGGAACUCUUUCGUCAUGUAUUACCACGUACAGCUCAAAAUUUUCUUUCAUUGACAUUAAAUGAACAUGGUUUUGGUUAUCGUUUAUCAUAUUUUCAUCGAAUUAUUCCAGGUUUUAUGGCUCAAGCUGGUGAUUUUGAAAAAUCUAAUGGUACAGGUGGUUAUUCAAUAUAUGGAGAAAAAUUUGAUGAUGAAGGUUUUCCAUAUCAACAUGAUCGUGCUGGUCUUUUAUCAAUGGCAAAUAGUGGACCAAAUACAAAUGGAAGUCAAUUUUUUGUUACAUUUGCACCAUGUCCACAUUUAGAUAAUAAACAUGUAGUAUUUGGACAAGUUAUACAAGGCUUUCAUUUACUUAAAGAUCUUGAUCUGUGUGGAUCAGAGACUGGUGAAAUAUUACGUGAAAUUAAGAUUGCUGCUACUGGUCAACUUCAAUAA